AUGAAGAAGUUCGGUUUCAAGAAAUCCAAGGACGGCGACGGCGAGGACGCCAGCCGUCGGGCGCUGUUUGGCUCCCGAUCUCGAGACAAGAGCCCCAAUCCCCAGACACAAAACAGCAACCCGUACGCACAGCCGAUUCCGGUAGACCCUUAUACUCGAGCCAAGGCCAACGCUGGCGUUGCCCCUAUACCGCCAGCAGGUGCUGGUGGCUAUGGCGACGUCAAGCACCCCGGCGGCCCAGGCGCUGGAGCACCCGUCGGCAACAUGCAAGGCGGAUACGCACCGAAUCGAUAUGGCAACCAGGGCGGUUACGGUGGUGAUAAGUACGGAGGCGGCCAGGCUGCUGGACAACAGCCUGCUGGAUCGCGAUACGGCCCCGGCGGCUAUGGCGGUCUAGGAGGGCGCGACCCGAACGACCCCUCUCAAGAAGACCGAGAUGCUCUGUUUGGAGGCGCCCGCGACAGAGUUCAGAACCAGCCCGGCGGUGCUCCCCCGCCGCCUUAUAGCACAGGAGACGCAGGGGCUACAGGCGGUUAUGGUGGUCACGGGCAGCAAGACGCUCCUGGUACAGCGGCCGUGUACCAAGAACGGCAGCUGACCGCCGAGGAGGAAGAGGAAGAAGAAGUCACUAACGUCAAGCAAGAGAUGCGCUUCAUCAAACAGGGCGAUGUUGCCUCUACUCGGAAUGCCCUCCGUGUCGCUGAACAGGCCGAAGAGACGGGUCGUAACACUCUCGCUCGUCUCGGAGCACACAGCGAGAGUAUUCUCGAUACUGAAAAGGCGCUUGACGUUGCCACCAGUCAGGGCCGCCUCGCUGAAGAGAAGGCUAGGGAGCUGAACACCCUGAACAAGAGCAUGUUUGCCAUGCAUGUCAGUAACCCGUUCACCAAGAACGCCCGUCGUCGGGAGCGUGACGAGCAGGUGCUCGAAACCCACCGGGGCGAGCGCUCAACACGGGAGGGAACGCGUGCAGAAGCUUUCCAAUCCAACCAGCGCAUGGAGCGCACUUUCAGAGAUAUUGAGCGAGAAGCCACCAAAGCCAACCCAAAGCAAGGCAAGAACAUUUCGGAACGUGCCAAGUAUCAGUUUGAAGCUGAUAGCGAGGACGAGGCUAUGGAGGACGAAAUUGACAACAACUUGAACCUGUUGUCUGGAGCAGCAUCGCGAUUGAACGGCUUGGCCAAAGCUACGGGCAAGGAGCUGGAAGAACAGAACCGUCACUUGGACAGAAUCACGGGAAAGAGCGAUUUCGUCGACGACCAAAUUGCCAUGAACCGUUCUCGACUAGACCGUAUCCGUUGA